AAGUUUGUUAUUUAUAUAACAAAAUUUGCAACUAUACAUGCCAAGGUCAAGAAUUUCCAGAGAGUAAUGCAACACUUCGCUUUGUGGAUAAGGAGGAAAACAACAGAAAUAUUCGCUUGUUUCCGAAAUUCAGUUUUUCUCAGAAAGAUCUGAACAAGAUCUUUUUGUGUGAGCUAUUUAUUAAUUUCAAAUAUGCAAGGACAGUUUAACGAAGAAACAGUCAGCAGGUAUUUUACACUCUUGAACUAUUGUGGAAAGAGAUUAACAGUAAGUAAAAAGAGCCCGUGCUUAGAUAAACUGGUCCAGUUUUUUGGGAGGUGCUGCAGGAACCACAUUCUUUGGUAGAAGUGUAAAUUAAUAAAAAAAAACUAUAAUAAUCCGACUACUGAGGGUUUUUUUCAACAUUUCCAGGUUUUAUAUUUUGUUAUUAUAAAGCCCCAUAAAAUAAAAAAAUAUAUAUAUAAAAAAAUAUAUAUAUCCAUUCACACUUCCGGUGCAGGGGGAAGCGCUUCCUGAUAGCUGAAACCCGUAAUGAAUACGUGAAUCAUGCCUCGCAAAAACGAGCUUUCGGAAGCUUUACGAUCGCAAAUUGUUGAUCUGCACAAAGCUGGAAAAGGUUAUAAAAUAAUCGCACGCACUUUGGAUAUUCAUCGCAACACAGUUAGGGACAUUGUGCUUAAAUGGAAGCGAUUCAGUACUGUGGCUACUCUGCCGAGAAGUGGGCGCCCUAGAAAGACGUCUGCAAAGACAAAGAUCAGCGAGGUUGGUAACGACUCUAGUGAGCCAAAAGACAGAGGAGAAGAUUUGCAUCACAAAAAGCAGCGAAAGGCUACUGCUGUUUCAUCUAAUGACGAGACUACAGAACAAGACAGAGACUUUAGCACUACCCACAAGGAUGGAAAGAUCAUACAUUCCGACUCAUCUCGUACUCAAGCAGCAGAUGAAGAGAAUAUGGCUGGACCAUCAGAUAUCAGAGGAGGAAGUUCAGCCCAUAAAAUGAGCGAUAACAUCAUCUGCAGUGAUGGAAACACAGAUUCCUACUCAUCUGAUGAAGAUGAAGAAGACCCUAUUGCCAGUCAUCUGUCAGCUGGAAUAGCUGAGAGCAGAGGAGGAGAUCCGGACCAUGAAAUGCACCAAGGAACGACCAACUCUGCUUCAUCUGAUGAUGAAACUACAGAAGAAGAUCCAACAGAGCAGUUUUUCUGUGGAGAGAAGAAGAUAUAUGCUGGUUCCUCAGUCACAAUGGGAGCCCUCCUCCUGCUCCUCCUGGCGUUCAUUGUGAAGCACGGCUUGUCAAAAGCAGCAGCCAGAGAUCUCCUGCACCUCCUAAACUUGGUGGUACCCGGAUGUG